AGGGGCCGGGCCCGCGAGAGCGCAGCCCCUUUCCCUCCCCCAGAAGAAGAGGGGCUGGGGGCAUCCGGAGAACUGGGCUCCCCGCGCCUCGGAAGAAGGCGGUGGGCGAGCGGGCGCCUCGCUGCCUCCCCGCCGCGCCCGCCCCCGUGCACAGAUCCCAUGUCGCUACGGGGUGGAUGGACCUACCAUGGAAGAGUGGGCUGUCCUGGGUGAACGACAGAAAGAGCUCUACAGGGACGCUGUAACUGAGAGUUACGGGGACGUCCUCUCGUUGGGAUUCCCCAUAGUUAAGUCCAGCAUGAUCUCCUGGAUGGAGCAAAGGAAAGAACUGCGAGUGCCGAACCAGGGUGCAGACCAAGGACCAGAAGAAAGGGAAAGCACAAGAGAUGCUCAUACGGAUGAUGGGACAUCCAGCGAGAACGAAGAAUGGGAUGAAGAAGAUGAUGAGGAAGGCCCAGCGGCUGCCGGCGACCCCAACCCCGAGAGGCCCCUCCGGGCUGCCGCACCGGUCCUGGGCUGGGAGGAAGCCUGUGGCGCCUUGCAGGGUGCUGGGGGCGCCAGCGCCAAGGCUAAGGGGGAGAAGCCUGCCCGCGGGAAGCGGCCCUGGGGCAGCCGCCACGGCCGCCUGGGCUACCGCCGCCUGGGGGCCGCUCCCCCCCGUUUCUUUGACUGCCCCGAUUGCGGGAAGCGGUUCACCUUGAGCUCGCACCUCAUCCGGCACCAGCGGGUCCACACGGGGGAGAGGCCGUUCGGGUGCCGCUCUUGCACCAAGAGCUUCUCGCAGCGGUCGGACCUGAUGCGCCACGAGCGCACGCACACGGGCGUCAAGCUCUACCGCUGCACCCAGUGCAACAAGUCCUUCUCCGAGAGCUCCCACCUCAUCCGCCACCAGAUCAUCCACUCGGGCGAGAAGCCGUUCAAGUGCAACGUCUGCGGCAAGCGCUACGGUGACAGCUCCUACCUCACCGUGCACCAGCGGGCCCACACGGGCGCCCGGCCCUACCGCUGCGCCCGCUGCGGCAAGAGCUUCGGCCGAUCGUCCACCCUCAUUCGCCACCAGCGGGUGCAUGGCGAUCCCGCCCCGGCCCCCGGGGACAAGCCACGCCCGCGCGGCAUCUGGACGGCCUUCGCCCGCCUGCCGAGCGCCGGGGACGGGGACGCGGGGCAGAUCCUGGCCCCUCAGGGGACGCCGGCCUCGCCGGGGCCGCCCCGCACGCCCUCCAUGCUGCCGCUGCCCCCUCCCGCUCGAAUCGACCCCCGCUCCAUGCGGAUUGUGGGUUGGCAGUGGGGGGUCGAAUAAAAGGAUGGAAAAGUGGGCAACGUGGCCAGUGGCAACCAGUUGCUUGGGAAGGGGUUGGCCCUGCCCGGGACUGGUC